AUGAGUAAAAGCAAACUAGUUCCCAAGUUCUCCAAUCAGUCUCCUGUCCAUCAUGCCAAUUUACAUGUCCAGUCCAAAGACCCACCUUUUAAGAAAGAACACUUACAUCUGAUUUCAAAAGACUCCUUGGAAUCAGAUUCAGAAAGCCUCACUCAAGAGACUAAGUCCCAGUCUGAACUUGAGGACCAAAUCCUUGACAAUGAUAUGGAGCCUGACAGCUUAGAGGAGGAAAACCCCCGACCGGGAAGCUUGAGUGAGACAGAACAAGAAGCAAGCAGAAAAGCAGCUCAGACAGCCAGGAAGGAAAACCUCCAUAUGUGGGACAAUGGCACCAAUAACAGCCAACAACCAAUAGAAGACAAAUAUUCAGACCUCCGAUAUGACCCAGACUGGAGGAAUAAGAAAGAGGAAAGGCCAUUGUUGACUGUGGAAGCAUCCCUGGAGUCUGCAGACAGCUCUUCAGAAAAUCUGCCACUGGAACCACUCUACCCUUCCAAGGAGACUUCAAUGGAACUCCCAGGAGGAAAAGGCAAACAGAAAAAGAGUCCACGGAGUGUAACCUCCUUGCUUGGUAGUGAGUUUUUAAGCCCAGACUAUGAGCAACGUGCCCAUCACAGUGAGCCACUUUCAGAGCUCAGUGACAGUGACCGGGGGGAGAAGUCAAGCAACCUCUCUCCCUACGCUAAGAGUUCAAGUUCACAUAACGAGGUUUUCCUGCCGGGAUCACGCAGCCCUCGCCGAAGGAAGUCUAAACCAUAUUUUGUGGAAAAAAACAAAUUGACUUUGGGAUUACCCACUCCUAAAGCAGACUCUUAUCUUCAACUUCACAAUAAAAAAAGAGGGGAAACUCACCUAGAGCAGAGCUCCUACCCCAUCAGAGUAACUGACAAGAUGUUCAUUCAGAAUGCCAAAGAGAUUGAAAAUACUGCCAUGGAUCCUGAAGACAAAUGGCACCAAAGAACACAAUCGCUAAAGAAUCAGCAGGAAUACUGGUCUCAAAAUGAAAGUUCAAAAUCAAGCAAGGUACCAAGAGGUCAAUCUUCUGAAGCAGCGAAUGGUCAGCAACCUUCCAGAAAACCAGUCAAGCCCAAGACUCAAAAACAGCAUAAACACCAGAAUGACCUGAAGUCUUUCACGACUGGAGAAGUGGUUGUCAGUCAAGGAAACCAGAAUAACACUCCCAGACAACAUCAAAACCAAAAUAAGCCUAUUGAUACUUCAGUAAAGCAGGAAUCAGUUGUGAUGAUGAAUGCCUUUAAAGAUGAUGUACAAGACUCAAGUGCACUUAUGAGCCAGAAUUCCAAGGGAACCUCCAAUACAUUUGUUCCACCAAAACCAGAUUUUGAUCAGGUGUUAUAUAAAAACUCUACUGGAUAUUACUCAGGGCUGAAUGUUAAUAAAGAAAGAAGAUACAUUGACCAAGAAGAGAAAAGAUUUUCAUAUCAGCCUCUACACAUCAACACUAUCUCUAAUAUGGAUUGGAACAACCUUAAUGAACUUUCCAAGAGACAUGCGCCCCUGAGCCAGAAAGGCUCUUUGUCUGUUUAUAGCAUAAAUGUUCGUGGAUCAAAUGAACAUAAGAAACAACCCAAAGAGCCUUAUACUGAGACAAAAUAUAAGAACUUAGAAAUGCUGUGGAAAUUCCAUUCUUCCUCUGACAGCCAGCCCAUUAGCGCCUCUCCAGAUACGCGGCUUACACAGAUAAUGGAACAGCAUCAACAAGCCUUAGUGCAACUGACCGAGGUACAACCCAGCAAAGGGGCCUCACCCAGAGUCACACUUCCACCCAUAUUGUCCAGGGUAGAAAGUGAAUCCCAACUCAGUUCAGAGAGAAGCCAAAGAAACCAACUGAAAAUGAGUCGUAGCAAUUCCGAAGGCUAUCUGUUUCAGCUGGAGAAAGGAAAAAAGCAUAGGAAAAGCAGCAGCAUUAAGAGUUCCAAGCUGAAAGGUUAUCAGAAAAGAGCCGCGAAACUCGGAGGCCUCAGCCCUGACUUUGAGUCCAUCAGAGAAAAGACGCAAAAAUUAAUACAGCAAAAGGAAUAUGCAAAACAAGUUAAGGAGUACAACAUGAAGACACUAUCCAUUCUGUCAAAACCACAAACAGCAAAAACUGAUCAUAAAUCUGCUGCCCCUCGGCAAAAGGCUUUGGAAUAUGCUAAGACCAUCCCAAAACCCAAACCAUCAAAUCUGACUGAUAGAGCACCAAAAGAACCAAAAAUAUCAACCUAUGCUAAAAAAGAGGAACAUUUACCUGAAAUCUCACUGCUGGAAAUACUGCAGAGCAGACAUGAAAGGGAAAAACAGGCCGUGGCUGCUUUUAAAGUCCUUCACAUUGUGUAGGCAACAAUUGGGAGGAGACCAAAAACGCUCUGGGAAUGGACAUGGAGAAGAGAAAUUCCAACCAACCUGUCUGUAUUGAGAGUGGUGACCUAUCGGUAUCACCUUACUGCAGUCUAUGAUUACUUUCUGCAGGAUUUAAAAUAUGGGGCCUGAUCAGAUUAUGCUUCCAUAUUUGCCCUUCUAGGAAGAAAUUAUUUUAAUUAUUUAUUUUCAAAUCAGAUAAAUUUGGGCUGAAUAAAGCUGAUUUUAUAUUGA